UGCUCGAUGCGGAGGGCCGGGUUUGGAGGAAAAAAACUGGGCGCAGCGCAGACAUGCUGACGAAGAUGGGGCGACUUUCCUGCCUUUAGCACAUGACGCGCGGAAGGGCGAGGCGCUGCUCGCUACCAGGAUCUUCUUCACAAUGUCACCAAGAAAAGCAAACUGUAGAAGUUUGUUAUCUGAAGACUGGAAAUAUAAUGAUCUGCUGAAUUUUACAAGCUGAAAAGUUGCCUGGCGUGAUGAUACUUAUAGGAGGGGAAAGUUUACUAAAUCAUAAAGGACUGUUUGCUGUCCAGAGUGAAGAUGCCAACAAAUGGGAUCCAUCAGGCCUUGAAGAUCCAGUUUGGCUUAAUCAACUCUGAUAAUCGAUAUUUAACAGCAGAGCACUUUGGCUAUAAAAUCAAUGCCUCGGCAUCAAGCCUGAAAAGGAAGCAAAUAUGGAGCCUGGAACAGGAUGGAGACAGCUCGGUGGUCUUCUUGAAGAGCCACCUAGGUAGGUACUUGUCUGCUGACAAAGAUGGCAAGGUCUCAUGUGAAGCUGAGAAGCCAGAAAGUGAUGGGUGUUUUAUCAUUGUCACUCAGUCAGACGGACGCUGGGCACUCCAGUCAGAACCAUACAAGCGCUUCUUUGGUGGUUCUGAAGACAGGCUGUCCUGUUUUGCCCAAACCAUUACUGAAGCUGAGCUUUGGGUUGUACACUUGGCCAUCCACCCACAAGCUAAUCUUUUGAGUGUUAGCAGGCGAAGAUAUGCACACCUCAGUGCCCAAGAGGAUGAGAUCUCUAUUGACAGUAACAUCCCCUGGGGUGUGGGUUCGCUUAUUACACUUACCUUCCAGAAUAAGAAGUAUUGCCUACGAACCUGUGACAAUCGCUACCUCCGCAACAAUGGUAUCUUGGUCAAGGAACCUGACCGCCAUACAGGUUAUACCCUGGAAUUCAAGGCAGGCAAGUUGGCCUUCAAGGACUGUGAUGGGAAAUAUCUAGCACCCAUGGGACCUACUGGCACUCUAAAAUCUGGCAGGAGUUCCAAGCCAGGCAAAGAUGAGCUCUUUGAUCUGGAAGAGAGCCAUCCACAAGUAGUUUUCAUGGCUUCCAAUGGCAGAUAUGUCUCCAUCCGUCAAGGUGUUAAUGUCUCAGCCAAUCAGGAUGAAGAGACACACCACGAGACCUUCCAGAUGCAGAUUGACAAAGAAACCAAGAAGUGUAUUUUCCAUUCCAACACAGGCAACUACUGGACCUUGGUGGCACAUGGAGGGAUUCAAGCUAUGGCUACUGAAAUAUCUGCCAGCACUAUGUUUGAUCUUGAAUGGCGUGGUCGCCGUGUUGCCCUCAAAGCUGGCAAUGGCAAGUAUAUCUGCACCAAGAAGAAUGGGCAACUGGCAGCUGUCAGUGACAGAGUGGGAAAAGAUGAAGAAUUUGUUCUCAAGCUGAUCAACCGACCCAUCCUAGUUCUUCGUGGGGCUCAUGGCUUUGUUUGCUACCAUCGCAACUCCAACUUGUUGGAUGCCAACCGUUCAAUCUAUGAUGUCUUCCACCUCAAUUUUAGUGAUGGUGCUUACCAGAUCAAAGGCCUCAACGGCGGGUUCUGGUAUGUGGCCAGCAAUGGCACCGUGUGCAGUGAUGGCGAGACGUCUGAGGAUUUCUUCUUUGAGUUCCGCGAAUACAGCCGAGUGGCCCUUAAAGGGAAGAAUGGCAAAUACCUACGAGGGGACCCAGCUGGAACCCUGCGGGCUGAUGCUGAUACCCUGAACCGGACAACACUCUGGGAGUACUGAGCCCCUGCCACAGGGCUUGAGAUGCUCCGGGGCCCAGCCUGGUGCCCGAGCCUGGACACUGAGUGGCAGGUGAGGGGAAGGUGAGUUCUGGCACCUGGACUCAAGGGGCAUUAUUCUUCCAUACCCUGCAAGGGAAAAGGUGGAUCAGAGCAGAGGAACCUCUUGCCCUAGUUCUUUUGGUCUUCCUUGCCUAAGUUUAGAAGCAGCACACUAGUAGGGCUCCUAGGAGGAGGUUACUGUGAUGUGUCAGACUAAGUUCCAGAGGUCGCAUUUCCCUGCCAGCAUCCCUAGGGCAUCUUCGCUUUUUCCUCCAGAGGUAUCAUACCUUACAAGGCAUCCGAUGUAGGUAUGUCAACGCUCCAGAAAAUGUGCUACAACGUAGGUGUCAUCUACUCUGCAAAAACAGAGGAAACAGGACUGUUCCAGGAUUCACUGCAAAUGUGGAAAUUUGGCUCCUUCUAGCUAGGCGCAAUAACCGAAGACACAGGCUUGGUGUGCUAUUAUUGGUCCCAAUUCCCAACACAAUGAAGGCUGUGUAGUUAUCUGGCCCUUUAAAGCUAGAUCGUCCUGGACGUUCCUCUUUUCUUUGCUCUGCCAGUAUCCGGUCAAGGCCUGCAGUUUGUCUGAUAUACCCUGCCUUCCCUGCAUUGCUUUUGUUUCUAAGAGCAGCUCUUUUGAAUCAAGCCCUUCCCACAUUUAAUACCCCACCCAGAACUUGUAGCCCAAGGAUAAAAGGAAUUUGGUGGUGUGCGGCUGUUGCUCUCUCAGCCCAAACAACACAGGGUGGUGGUUGUGAGGAAAAACGGAGAGACCACACUAUGUACAACCCCUUGAGCUGCUGUUACAAAAAGUGGGAUACAAAUCUAAUAAAAUAAAUACAUAAAUCAAAUAUCUCUUCUACUCCAGAUGCUGGAGACAUAGUUUAGAAGUUAAUGCACUCAGAAACACCUGGCAGGAAGAGAAUGAGGUGGUCCAGCUGCUGCUAGCUGUUUAAUAAGAUAAAAUACUGGGUAAGACAAGAAGGGGAGUAAAUUGAAUUUUGGGUUGGGCUUGUAGGAUAUCAACAAUGAUUUAAGGGGAGGGAAAUUAGUGAUUGAUGAACUUUUUGUAUGAAGAAUGAGGAGGGACUGGGGAACAUUUGCCCAAGAUAGGAUUAAUUUUACAGUCAAGACUUUGCAGCCCUUCAAGAAACUUUCACAAUGCCCAGGACUGUCCAGUUUUUGAAGCAGCCUCUCUUCUACUCCACUCCCCCUCCCUAUCCAACAUUUCUUCCACAAAUAACCUGAAGAGGAAGGAUGCUGGCUCAAUGGAGUUUCCUGCCCCAGUAGUGUCAGUGCAACACCAUUGUCUAUGAGACCUCUACAGACAUGGUUCCCUUGUUUCCCCUACCUAAAGGGUCUACUUCCACAGCACUGAAAAAAGCAAAGGCCUUCUGGAGGACAACAGAGGCUGAGCGAGCAAGUAAAGGCCUCUGAGAUUUUGCUGGAAGUUUUUUAUUGUUUCAGAAUUCACAGUAUUCUGCCAAUUUUUAGACACUCCCUUUCUCUAUUUUUAUUUUUUACAAUGGUGCAUAGCAAUUGUAAAACCACACUAUUGCUAUACAAUGCAGUGAAAACAGAAAACUUCCUGUGGAAACAGCCUUUCCACCCCCUUUUUUUUCUUCUCUCCACUGAAAAUGGAGGGACCCUCAUUAUCCAGAGGCAACACACAGGCAGAGGUGUGGAUACUAGAUUAAUGAGUAUUUUAGGUCUGUUUUUUAUUUUGUUGUCCAAAAGGUUAUGAGCAUCCUUGCAUCUGAGAACAAGACUGGUAUUUACUUCAGUUUAAAAUCAUUAAAAACACAUCCCUUUGAAACCAGAAAAACUAAACUGUAAUAAAGAUGAGCAAAACUACAGUGGUUCGUAGAAAGAUCCAGACACACAAAACAGAACAGUCGAAUCAGUCUCAGGUAGGCUUGUAUUGCAUUUACAUUGAAGAGGGAAGGUGGAAGGGUGGGUGUGGAUGAAGAUGCAGCCUGUAGAUUUUUAAAAAAUAAAUACAGGUAGAACCUCACUUAACAACCCUA